AUGGAAAUGCAAAAUAAUCAUUUGCCAACUUGGAUUAAUGCGGAAUUAUUUGAAAAUGUCUUAAAGGAAACGGUGGGGGAUUUUAAAAGAAUCCAUAAGUUUGAGGUUAAAAAUGCUUUGGGACCUGGUGAAAAUUAUGCCACAAUAAUGUUGAGAGUGAAUAUGGACGUAGUGCUGCGUAAUGAUUCUAUAAAACAACAAUCAUUUAUGCUGAAAAUAGCACCGGAUAAUAAAAUGUAUCGUGAACAAAUGUCCAAAUUAGAAUUAUUUAAAACCGAGGCGGGUAUGUAUCGCAAUGUGGUGCCAGAGUUCGAGGAACUUUAUCGUAAUAAAGGAGUGAAUAUACGUUUUGGUGCCAGAAUUUAUAACUUACCAGUUACUAGCCAUGAAUAUCUUCUCUUGGAAGAUCUCUCCACUAGCGGUUUUCGUAAUGUCAAACGUCAAGAUUGUUUGGAUUUGCAACAUGCCAAAGCUGUACUCAAAAAAUUAGCUCAAUGGCAUGCGGCAUCGGCCGUGAGGGUAGCCGAGAGAGGCCUCUAUGACAAACUCUAUUUGGAUGGUUUCUUUAAUGGCAGUUAUAUGAAAUCUACCGAAGAUGUAUUUGAUGGCAUGAUACCAUAUAUCCUAGGUGCCGUUCGUAAGCUGCCGAAUCAUGAAGAAUAUUAUGGGAAAUUUGAAAAGAAAUUAAAGGACCUCAAUCAAUAUCUUACUGCAGAAAUUAUUGACAAUCAGGAUGAUGAGGAAUUUAAAGUUCUCAAUCAUGGAGAUUUUUGGUGUAAUAACAUAAUGUUUCAAUACGAUGACGAGAAUCAACUGAAAGAAACUUAUUUUGUUGAUUUUCAAAUGCCACGUUAUGGUUCAGUGGCUCAGGAUUUGUAUUAUUUUAUAUUGUCCUCCACACAAUUGCAAUUGAAAAUAAAUUGUUUCGAUGAAUUUAUACGGUAUUAUUAUGACAACUUAGUUGAACAUUUGAAAUUGUUGGAAUAUUCGAAACCGCUACCAAAAUUAAGGGAUAUUCAUCAGUCGUUAUUUAAACAAAGUGUUUGGGCCCUCCUAACAAUGUGUUGCAUUAUGUCCGGUGUUUUGUGUGAUCCAACCGAUGCUGCCAGCAUGGAAAAUUUCAUUGGAAAUUCUGAAGAUGGUGAUAAAUUUAAACAGCUGUUGUAUUUUAAUGAUCGUUAUCUGAAACAUUUGGAAGUCAUUUUACCCUGGCUACACAAUAGAGGUGUUCUAGAGCCUUAA